GGUCUGACGUCACAAAAUUGUGGGGAAUCCCCUACAAAGUUUGUCACCGUGUGUUCUUCCCCAAAUCAGCUGCUGAUGGUGGUGUAUAUUAUUUUUACUUAUAUGACUGGCAUGUGUGUUAUUGCUUCGUUCUCUUGUUGCUGUUUACCAAUACCACCAAACCAUAUCUAUGAUCAUGUGACUUCCGCCGUAAAACGAAAGAGAAAGUAGAGGUGUCUCCCACACGACGCAGCUUAGCAAGAAUGAGAACUGAUUGACAGAUGUGUCUCAGAUUUGUUGAUCAAAGGACAAAAGAUACCAAAUGAGAACUAAUUUGGAAUUGGUAAACUUCCUUCUUAGCUGUCCACGGUAGUAGACGGGGAGUACAAGAGCAAAGAGGAGGGGCCGAUUGCAGUUUCACGUGAGAAGCCAGGCUAACGGGGAGCUCAGAGGCAGCCAUUAUGGAGAGAAAACUGCUUGUCGUCAAAGACCUCCCGGACUGCUCCGAGGACACCAUCACCAACUACCUUGAGGUCAUCUGCGACAACGGAGUGGAAGACAUUCACUUCUAUGAUGACAGGGCAAAACACAUUGCCAUGGUUACAAUGGAGGAGGACCUGGAAGAUUUCUCCAGCUGUCAAAGAAAGGCCAAGAAGCGUUCUAUUGAAGGUCAGCAAGUGAGCCUGGUCGAGGUGUCUCCAGCUAAUGGCGUCCUGGUGAGGGAUCUCCCCCCAGGCAUCACCGAGGACACCCUCAGGUUCUACUUUGAAACCCCCAAGGCGGGAGGGGCUGAUGAUGCUGUUACUGACAGUAUCAUCUUCACAAAUCUCCAAGUAGCAACUGUCUUGUUUAAUGACACAAAUGUUGUACAACGUGUACUUAAGAAGGACUCACACAAACCACAGAAGAACAGUCCACCGGUUGAAAUCACGCCUUACUAUGAGGCGUUUCAUAAGGACGUCCUUCAGUAUCUUAGCAGUCUCCAGUCAUCUCCAGCCUCAUCUGGAUACACUACUCCAGAAACUGGGAGUCCUGUGACUACACCAACAUCUGAACAAGCCUGGAGCUCUGUGAUUUCACCUGAAGCCUUUUCCAAUCCUGUGAGUUCACAGGAAGAUGCUGGGAGUUUACAGGAAGAUGGCCUCAGAUCACCUGAACCUGUUGGACCAUGGAUGAGUUUACUAGGACCUGCAGCAGAACCUGCUCCUCAUCCUCCACACACAGAUCUCAAACAUAUUAUGGAGAGUGUGUUACCAGUUCCACCCACAUUGCAGUCAUCGGAUAACCUGACUUCACUGACUGGUGCUCCACAUCAAAGUGAACCCCAACUGGCCGCUUCACAUCUUUACCAUGGGGAAAGAAUGAAGAGUCUUGAAGAUGUUGACGAAGAUGACUUGUUUUCUGUCUUCAAUCGAGAAGUUAUAGCUUCUGUUCAUGAGCCUGCCAGAUGUUAUGAAGCAGCUCUCACAAGUGCUGCCCCUCCAGAGAAGCCCCCCAAACCAAAGACCAAACCAAAAGUCAAGCCCAAACCUUGGCAACAUGCUGCUGUUCCUGAGGAAACAAUUAAAAUAUCUGUUGACUUUCCUGUGGCCCAUGUAAAGCUCCUAAAAGUUUCAGGUGUGGAAAAUGAGUUUCCCAUGUGUACAAUUACCUAUAAAAAUGGUUCCAUCUUCAUCGAAGGUCCUGAAUCCAAACUACAGGAAGUGAAACUGAAGCUGUACGAGAAGAACCAAGACAUCUGCGCUGCCACUCAUACAGUUCCCCUGGUGAUAGCUGACAUCUUGAACUCCAAGAAAGGGAAGAGCUACCUGGACAAUGAGUUGAAGGUGUCAGGGCCUUCACAGUGGUACGUCACGGGUACCACCAUGCACUGUGUGGCUUUCUCGGCGUCGGAAACCAGCGCUAUGAUAGAGGAUGUGAAGAAGCUGAUUGUCCAAGAAACUGUGCAGUUUGAUCAAUCCCACCAGCACUACUUGAAGAGUCCAGAUUGGAAAGCAAGGCAUGACUCCUUUGAGGAACAAUUGAUGGUCAAGGUGACCUGCAAUGCUGGCCAGAGGAGUCUGACCAUUGAUGGACUUAGUGAGGAUGUGAAACUGGUCAAGGGGGAGUUGUGUGGGGAGCUGAAGAAGCAUGCUCACUCUUCCGUGAACUACUCCCUCUCGGGGGCCAAGGCCAAAUGUAUCAAGAACUUCUACCAGAAUGAUCUUGCGGACAUCAAGAAAAAGUUAUGUGACCAGGGAGGGAGAGUGGACGACUCAGGCAGUAUGUCCAGCCUCACCCUGAAGAUGGAGGGACCACCCAGGGAGGUGGAUGACAAGCUGAAGAAGCUGAAACAACUGGAAGGCAAAGUGUGGCAUGAACGACUACAUCUGGGCAAGGACGUCGCCAAGGAGAAAGACUUGAACCUGUUGAUUAGAGGGUUACAUGGCAUUGACCCAAAGGCCAUGGUAGCUGCAUUUGAGGCUCAGCAUCCCUGUUUCCUGGAGCUCAACCUGCCUGGCAAGAAACCAGCAUCUAACAGAAGCAGCAUCAUCCAGCAGGUGCCGGAAGCAGCCAGCAGCAGAUAUGAGAGCCAUCUAAGACGGGUUGCAUCUGUAGAAAACAUUGAUACUUCAGAAGGUAAACCGGAGGAGAUAGAUAUCUUCGAAGGUCUCAGUCAGUUCACACGACGUGCCACACCCCCUCGUUCAACAGUUCAACAAUCAAGUACCAAAACAGUUGGAAAUAUCAAGAUAUCUGUCAAAAAGGGUGACCUCACUAAGGAAAAGUGUGAUGUCUUGGUGAAUGUGGUUUCUAAGACCCUUAACCUCGGAGAAACAGCCGUCUCAACAUCAAUCAUGAGGUCUGGAGGGCCAGAGUUUAUACAGCAAUUUGAGAUGUCCAAGCUGAACUGGUCGGCUGGGGGCAUCAUACAAAACUCUACCUGUCGGAAUCUGCCAGGGAAGAGGGUUUUCACCAUUGUGUUGGACAAGUGGAAUCCUCCUCAAUCUAAGAUGGACUUUAAGAGUUUGAUUGAUUCAUGUUUGAAGACGGCGGACGCGGCUUCUUACAAGUCCAUUGCACUCGCUGCAGUGGGUUGUGGGAGACUGCUGAAGUACCCUGAGAAGUUUGUGGCAGCUGCCACUGUGGCAACCGUUACAGCCAACAGUUCAUUGAAAAACUUGAAGUAUGUCAACCUGAUCCUGUAUGACGCAAAGACCUACCAGACAUUCCUGGAUGAAAUAAGCCCUCGACCUAGACACACUCUUGUUGAUCAUAGGCCACAGUAUGAAGAACUCAUGGAAUCUAUGCCGGUUGGAAAGUCGUUGGGAAAGUCGGUGACUGUUGGGGGCACGACGAUCAGCAUCCAACAGGGGGACAUAACCAAAACCAGGGCAAAUGUCCUGGUGAAUUUGGUAACGGCUGACCUUGACCUUGGAUCUACAGCAGUAUCACAGGCCUUUGCGCGUGCCGGUGGACAAUCACUUAUUGAUGAAUUUGAGUCCCAGAAGGCCACUCCAGCAAGAAACAAGGUGAUCGUGACUAGCAGCGGGAAUCUGCCGUGUCAGUAUGUGUAUCACGUGGUCCUCGGCAAGUAUCACGCCCACACUCAAAAGGAGUACGAGUCAGCUGUCCGGGACUGCUUCCAGUUGGCCAAUGGCUACAAUGUGCAGUCGAUUGCUUUCUCGUCUCUUGGGUGUGGAGCCCUCCUGAAGUACCCUCCAGACUUCGUGGCCUCCUGUCUCAUAUCACAGGCCAAAAAGUCAACAGUGGCGAAUGUGAAGUUGGUGAUAUAUGAGAGGUCAGUGAUGCACACCUUCCUGGACGAGUUGACCGGCGGAGAUCUGCAGGAGGAAGGCUCAGAAGACAUCAGUACUCUCAGACAAUAUGCCAAGUACUCAAAAUCAGGUCGGGAGCCCUCCACGGACACCAAGGCAGCCAACAUUGUGGUGUAUGGGGCCAAUCAGAAAACUUGUAACAGCUCAAAGGCAGCUCUAGCGAAACACUUGAAGGCGGAGUACCUGCAUUCAGAGACCAUUGAAAACGAAACUAUACUGAAGCUACCCACAGACAUCUUCCAGAAGAUGAAGAACAUUGCUGAGAAGAGUGGAAUAUGGAUUAAGUUUCCUGAUCCAGACAAACGGAAAAGGGGAAAACCACAGCUGAAGUUAAAAGGAGAGAAGAACUCUGUCUUUUUUGUCAAAUCACAGGUCCAUGAAAUCCUCAUGACAGCCAUGACAAGAGCAAUGAGCAAGCCAUCUCACUCUACAACAAGUGCCAAGCGUGGGACGAAAGGCUUCCUCGCACACAUGGGUACUAUGGCCCAGUUUUACCCACCCAAGUACUGGAGCCAUUAUCAGCCUCAGAAUCCGCUCUCAAACAUAAUAACAAAAUGGGCAGGCAAAAUAACAGGUAACAAAGAAAGGACGUGGCGACUCACGUCUGUGGACACAGCAACACAUCAAGCCAUUGACUCCCUGGUUCAAAAAACCUGGGACACCACCCAUGCUGGCCAUGGUAAGGAUGCAGUGGGCCUUACACACAAGAGCAUUAAGGUUAACAAAAUAGAGAGACUUGAACAUCCAGAACUGUUCAUCAAGUACUGUCAGAAGAGAUCGACCAGGUUCAUGGAAGCCUGCAAGUCUGGAGGCAAUUGUCCUUCUCUUCACAAAAUACUCGGAUGUAAAAGAGGCGUGCCGCUCACCACCCAGUACGCUGGCCCAGAGCUGCAGUGUGAGGUGUACUCUGAUGAAGUUAACGAGCACUACUUCUUCCAUGGCACGAAGGUGGAGAGACUCCAAGCGAUCUUGUCUCACGGUUUGGAUAGCAGGGUUGGAAGUGUGACUGCGAUGUUUGGCAGUGGGAUAUAUGGUGCAGAGAGCUCCACUAAAGCUGAUCAGUAUACAGAUGACAAAAACAACAGGACGGGAGGGGACAAGCAGAUGGUGCUGAUGAGGAUGACUCUCGGACACCCCUAUCUGAGCAGUAAACCCAACAAGUUCCGGCGCCCACCGUGCAAGAACAAAGCACAUCUGGAUGACGGCUGCAGUGAUCCUACUCAUGGAGGAUACUUUCACUCUGUCAUCGGGGAGGGGACUUGGCUCUUCCGGGAAUUCGUAGUGUACGAGCCAGAACUGUGUUAUCCUGAGUAUGUCAUCACAUACAACCGAGUUUAGACCGCGGUCCUGAUGUUAGGGCAGUGGUACGACAGGUCUUUGAUGAGAGUGCGAAGAUGCUUCUGAAUUGAACAGUGAGCAGUUGGGUUUAACGCCACUUUUAACAGUAUUCCAGUUAUAUUACAGCAUGUCAGCUUAAUGUGGGAGGAAAGCCAGAAGUGUCGCAGGUCUCAGUCGUUUAUCACUUGGGUGAAACCCACGAGCACGGGUCUGGUGCUGACAAACCUAGAAACAUAAUCGGGGCGAACAGGAAUUCAAAGCCAUUAUCAUAGGUUUCUGAUGUUCUAAAGGGACACAACUCGUCACAGUGAAUUGCGACGCCUUAGGUGCUGAUUUUGAAAAUUUGAUGUUAUAUGGUCUGUCGGAUACUUUACUCACCAGGCUGUCAGACAAGUGGCGGGAGUUUCGAUAACCACACCCAAGGUCCAUGUUCAGUUCCACAUUGGGCACAUUGUUCGAUGUUCACCAUAGGUGGCCAUCACCAUCAUAUUUCUGGAAUAUUGAAUAAACCGUAUCAGAAAGUCCUUUAGGAAAGUAACAAUCCUUCAUAGAUAUAGUAAACUACGGUUACUACGGUUAUAACGAACUCAAAGGCACUACUAAUUUUAGUUUGUUAUAACCGUAGUUCGUUACAAGCAUAUAAACCAAAUAACUACAGCAAAUAGUCGGGACAAAAAAAGUAACUUUGGUACAUCCGUCAAUUCAUUAUAAGUGUGUUCGUUAUAACCGUAAUUUACUGUAUAUGUACUGUAUAACCUGUUUGAAGAACAGCCAGUUGUACAGGAAUGCUAUAUAUCCAACACUGCAUCUUGUUUUGCAUCCUACGUAAUAUUCCAUGUGUUCUCUGUAUGUGUAAACAAAUAGUAUUCACAAUAGUGUACUAUAUUAGUUAUGGUGUAUUUAGUUGCUGUAUACGGUGUCAUAUUAGGGCAGGGCGUCAGCUGAGCCCAAUAUUUUUCAGCUAUCCUAAUAUGACACCGUAUGCAGCAACUAAAGACACCUCACAAAUUUAUUUGCCCAAAAGGUAUUUGUUAUCUUUAUCAUAUGUCAAAUGAUUCUAUGGUGUUUGGUUGGCUAACCAAACAAUUGUUUUCAUAAACCAAAAACAAUAAGGUAUUUUGUACCCAAGUUGAGUGUUUUUUGAGUGACAUCCGUUUUUUCAAAUGUAUUAUUUACUGUUGGUUUUAGACAUAAGUGACAGCAUAUGUAUAAUUCAUGUUCUUUGAGUGUCUGAAAAACGCAAUUUGUUACAUUUUUGCAAUAGUUAGAUAUAGUUUAGGUAUUUUUUUUCAUUCUGGUUCAGCUGAGGGGCAGCCAUGCUUUAGGUAAAUCCUGGGAAAUAUUUGCUUAUGAACAAAAACAAAUUAACUUGAAAGUUCAUUUUCUUAGCAUUUUACAUUAUCUACUUGAGAAUAGUCUUGAGGUGAGGUGAAAUUGGGUUUAACGUGACGUCUAAGAUUAUUGCACUUAUAUAGCAACGUGCAUGCACGUGUGUGUGUGGCAGCUUAUACUAGUCCGGACUGAUGCCGAGAUACCAUG